AACGCGCGCGCUUCUCUUUAUCGAACAAUAGGCAAAGGACAAAAGCAAAGCGAAGGUGUUGCCAAUUCGCCAAAGAGUGACGGUUAGGCGAGUUUAGCGUUUUGAAAGCCCAUUUGUAAUAGCGAACGCGCUGUGCGGAAGUGUUCGACUAGAAUAGUCAUUGUUUGGCACUGAGCAUACACACACACAUACACACAGUUAAUAUAUAUGCCAGGAACAAUAAAUCAGACGUUUAAUCAAUCUCACGUGCCAGUGCGCCGUUGACCUUUCGUCUUUGCCACGAGUGUUGCCAUCGCGGCUGCGAAGGAUUCGUUUCAGUUACAGUGUUAUGGUGUUUUACAGCUUUGGUGAUUAAGUAUACGCCAGCGCACCACGCACACACAGACACACACGCACACAUCUCGCCCAGCGGAAACGGAAGUCAAAAGUUACGCAACGGAAGCUUAAGCUGUUGUUAUUAAGCCAGCCAGUCAGACGGAGGUGCAAGUGUUGCCGAUAAGUUCAACAAAUUUAAUAGCUCAAGUCAAACAGGAUAGAGCCAAGAAAGGGCUGUUCGCUUGCUUGCUUGUUCCAGUACAAUAUAAUGACGAAAUUCAAGUUGAAAUGUACGAGUGAAAGCACAAUGCAUCAGCGGAAUAAUAAAAAGUGAAUUAUUGCCCUAAUAGCAGCGCACAUUCAGAAGCAGAAGCAAAGGCAGGACUUCUGCGACAACAAUAGACAAACAUAAAUACUACUCUAAUACAAACGACAAACGAUUUAUAAACUGCGCUCAAAAGUAGGCAACACCGAAGCACCAGCAGUAACAGCAGUAACAACAACAACAACAACAUCGACGAUAACAACAGCAACAAAAUGGCGGACAUGGAACGCAUUCGACUCGUGUUGCUGGGCGGAGCGGGCGUGGGCAAGAGCUCCAUUCUAAAGCGCUUUCUAUUCAAGUCGUACACGGACAAAUAUCGUGCCACAGUCGAGGAUCUCUACAAUCGUGAAUAUGACCUGGGUGGCGUCACGCUAAAGGUGGACAUUUUGGACACAUCCGGUGACAUGCAAUUCCCCGCCAUGCGACGCCUCUCCAUUGCGACGGCACACGCCUUCAUGCUCGUCUAUGCCACAACAUCCGCGCCCAGCUUUCAGUGUGUUAAGCAGUGCUUCGAGGAGAUUCGCGAGCAGCGUGCCGACUUUCAGGACAUUCCCAUUGUCAUAGCUGGCAACAAAGCGGACUUGGCCAGCUCUCACAGAGAGGUCAGGCAAGAGGAGGUCACAGAUUGGGUAUUCUGCGAAUUGCCACGACUCAGGGCCAAAGUGCUUGAGUGCUCAGCGAAGGAGGACACCAGCGUGACCGAACUGUUCAAGACCCUGCUCUCCCUAUCCCGUUUCCUGCCCGCCAGCAGCAGCAGCGGUGGCACAGGCGGUGCCGGUGGCGAGGCAGCGCCCAGCGGUUUCAAACGACGUUCCUCCGCCUACGUCAGCGCAUCGUCCAGUCGCAAUAAAAAUCGCAUGAACAGUCCCGCAGUGGGCGGUGAUAAAAAAUCGAAUCUGGUUGAUGCCGUCGAUGUGGCAAGUACCAGUGCAGAAGCCAAAUUAAAGCCACGUUCCAGAUCACUCAUACGACGUGCGUCACGCAAGACCAAACAGCAAAUUAACAACGCAUCCGAUGACUGUAAUUUGCAGUAAAUACAGAUGCCAAACGAUGGUGAAAUGAAGCGCAUAAAUGUGUUGGCCAUAAAUACAUGUUAGUUAAUAUUAACUAUGAUAAAUAACAAUUAUUAUUAAUAAUAAUAAAGUCAAGUUUAUUGCGCGAGUAAAACAACUGACAAUUUAAAUGAGAUAAUUAUGAGAAUAUAUCGAUUAUCGUGAAUUUAAAUAUGUUAUUUUGCUCAAUAUGCAAACUAAGCGAACAAAAAACUAAGUAUGAGUAUUCUAGUUGUUUAUAAUCAAUGUGCGGAUCGAUAAUAAUUUGUUAGAUUAUUGAUACAAGAAACAAAAAGCAUUAGGCACAUUAGAAUCUAAUCUCAUCAUUAUUUGCAUGGGACCAGUUUUAUUUGAAGUCAUUUUUAUAACUUCAUCAAAGUCUGUCCUUCGGUUUUAUUUUUUUUUUUGUGAAAGCAAAUCUUCUGCUUUUAGUUAUUAAGCGUCGUAGAGUAUGUGAGCUUCGGAUUACCGACGAAUCGAUUUUAUAAUGCCAAUUUGAUUUUGCCAUAAAUUUACGUUUCUAUUAGAUAGCAAUUUGUAUAUGUGUGUGUGUGUGUAUCUGUGAGUGGAAUUUAUAAGAUAUGCGACAGUCUUUGAACAAAGUCGAAAUCAUACAGUUCCUUUGAUGAUAAAAUAAUAGGAGUAACUCGGAUUAUGUGUGCGUGUAGCAUAAGAAUACUAAGUUAAUUAUGUUUUUUUAUUUUGAAUACAAUUAUUCAUAAUCAUUUAAUUACGAGCAUGUUGCGAUAGCUUUAAAAAUAGAUUAUUAACAAGUGUAGUCGAGUAAGUUAGAUUGGUGAGAUUGUUUGGUAUACUAGCAUUAUUUAAAUACAAUGUAUUCAAAUCUUUAAAAAAUGUAGUUGUUAAGCAAAAGAACAAAUUAGAAAAAUGCUGAUGGCAGUCUUACAAUUUGAAUGUGGUUGCAGGAUUUGAUUACGUUGCAGGUUGCAAGUUCUUUGGCAACGCGUGCCACUCAAGUCGCUUUGACUUUGGUGGGGGGAGACGGGGGAAGCAGCACCCCAUGUUGACCUUUUUUAAACAGAGUGAAAGCACAGAAAUCUUUGAGCAAUUUACGGCAUUUUCUUUUCUUCCAUUUUCAAGAGAAGAAAAAAACCCAAGCCAAAGGAAAAUGGUAAUAUGCAACUAUAAACAAAACAAUUUAUUAUGCAAAAGCGAGAUACUAAUUAAUGUUUGUGUUUAUGUUUAUGUUCGUCCUCGUUAUGCUAGUAGCGCAUAAUUUGUGAUGAUUUCAAUUGAAAAUGAUAUCUUUCGCAGCACAAAGGACAACAGCUUAAGACAUAUUCAAGGAUAAUACAGGGUGCAUGCUUAUAUUGCCAAAUGAAGAGCCAAUCAAAUUAAACCUACUUACUAAAAAUAUCGCAUUAACUAUGAGUAUUAGCUGAAGCUAUAGGUGUUUAUUUAGUAGCUCAAAUAACUAAAUGUUUUUUAAACAAUUGAUAUAUGCGAAUGUAUGCGUGUGUUUGUGUGUUUGUGUGUAUGCGAUUGAGUGCAUAUUUAUUUAAGCAACAAUUUACUAACAAAUUGAUAUUUGAUUUGUGGGUGUUUUUAUUCGGUAUGCUUAGCAAAUAGCAAAUAGAAGUUAUUUCAAACAGACCGAAAUCCAAAGAAAACUGCGCUAGUUGAUUGGGGCGCUUUGUAAAUGAAUUAAUCAAUAUACGGCAGAUGCAAAGUGAAUUGUGAUGAAAUAAUAUUUAACGAUAAUGAUUUACUCAAUAAUAAAUUGAAUAAAUGGUUUAGCUGGAUAAGGGAAUAACCUGUGGUUAUUUGUUUUUUGUUAUAUCCUUUGGAUGCUUGCAUUGAGGCUGACGUCCAGUAAAAUAUACAUAUACAUAUUGACAUACAUAUGUUCUUAUAUGUAGGCUAAGGCUAAGGCAUGAUAAUUGUAAGGAUAAUAUAUUACAAUAUAUACAUACAUAUAUAUAUAUAAAGAAUUUCUACCAGCAUAUGUUUAUACAUUGUUAUUAAAUGUAGUUAAAUGAAACUAGCAACAAAUCUGAUGAGCCCAAAAAGAAUGUAUCAAAAACUAUCCAGUUAUCUAAAACCAACAAAAAAAAUAUCAGCGACAAACGGGAACACUUUGGCGAUCAGCAUUUUACAGUUAUAUAUCUAUAUAUAUACUAUAUAUACUCAUUAAUCGUUGACAGGCAAGAAAACAUAAAGGAAACUAAUUAAUUAUCUAUAGAUUUUGUUAAAAAUGAGAAUCAAAUUUUGAAAUAUAUAUUUGUGUACGUAAUUCGAUUGUUCAUAAUGAAACUUUAAAACUAGAAACCCGAAAAAAAUAACUCAAAAAAACGAGUUGAAUUUAUUCAAUAAAAUAUAAAAACAAAACAAAACAGAGCAGAGAUUAAAUAUAUGAAAUAAU